AUGGGAACUAACAAGUUUUCAAAGGCACGUAUGAGACAAAAAGAAAAACUUAACACCAAGAGAUGUAGAGAAAAAAAGGUGGAUAGUCAGAUCUCAGGAAAAGUUUCAGGAAUUAUUGGGGAAGGGAGUAAUAAGGUGUCGAGGAAGCAAAUUAGGGCUCAACAAGAACAAGAGUUGAAUCUGUUGGUGUCUGAAAUUGAAUGGACGUUCGGCAAGGAUGGCGGAGGUAGCUUCACAACACCAGAUGAAGUAAGGAUUGCAGUGGAUGAUGACAGAUCUGGUCACUUAUCUCAGGGGGUGGGAAAGAAUAAUGUUAAACCUAAGCCAAAAGAAGAACAAUCUGCAUGGAAGAUAGCUAAGAAGGGUAAAGAGGUUGCACUGGAACCUGAGGUGUCUAAGAUGGUUAAAGCUACUCGGGAUGGUGCUGCUGGUGGUCCUAGUACAGAGGAUACCAAAAAAGAAUCAAGACCUAGUAACUAUCAAAAGACAUCACAGGUCAGUAGAGCUAAGGCACUGGGGAAUGGUACUAGGGCUGGGGUUGAUCUUAACGUCAAAGAUACUCGGGAAGUAGUUCAUAGGCUGGCUCACUCUGAGAUGCCUAAUAAAAAUGCUGAGAAAGUUGAUGUUGAGAAGGGACCUAGUUCCUUAGACGGGUUUGAUAAGAGUAUGAUUGGUGAUCCUGGACCUAACACUAAU